AUGCAUUUUGUCAAGAGUGUAGCACUUCUUGUCAUUCCGUCUGCCAUGGCCAUGUCCGGUCCGAUUCUCGGAUUCGGCUUCCGUGAUGACGAAUGUCACGAUCCGGUUGGUCCCAUUGAGAGCGGAGAAUGCUUUCGCACCGACUACAUAGAGUCAUAUGCGCUCAAUGUUCUGUCUGGGUGUUCGUUUUAUUAUCGCAGCAGCGAAUGUGAAGGCCCACACAGUGCGAUCCCUCAGCACCCAGGUUGCUACCCAGCCAAUUUACCGGGCAAGCCUUUUUCGAUCAAGUGUAAGCCACUCGAACAGUAA